UCCCUGUCCUAUGUGCAGCAGCAGUUUUCUGACUCUGUCUCUGCUGUUCUUGGCAGUUUGAUGUGCCUUUGUCUGAGGUGGUAGCAUGGCGAGGAAAGCCCUGGAAGAGCUGGAAAAGGCGGAGCUGCAGAGUGUCAAGGGCAAAUGGAGUGGAAUCCAGCGGCAGGCGGGAUAUUACAAGACCACCGACCAGAGCAGACGAGAGAAAGCAGAUGCCAGCGCCCCCACUGACCUGCAGAUCAGCUCCUACGGGAAGGACUAUGGAGCAGAGGUGCUGAGAAUCGAGGACCAGGGACCCACGUCGGAGAUACUCAUUCCCACACCGACAGCUGGGGAACAUUUUGCCAAGCAGCAGAAAGGACUUUUUCCCUAUGCCGCGAGUAGAGAUGUCUUGCCUCAGCUGCCCAUUCAGGCACCAGAGAACAAGCCACACCAAAUGAUCACAGUUGAGAGAACUGACCCAGAGAAGAUGCGGAAGCUGUAUGAGUUGAUUCCAAACUGGGACUCAUGGUUCAAGGGCAUGUUCUACUGGGCACUGAAAUUAACAAACAGAGCCCUCGUCGAAGAGCUGGAGGGGGGACAUUUUGUUGAGUGGCACCAAGAGCAGCUGAUCAAACGAGCCUCCUUGGUGGAUGAAGUUCUGGCUCUGCUGUAUGGAGAUGUGCUGGACAAUGAGCAAUACAUGGAAAUCUGUACUGAGCCGGGGAAGAUGCGGAAGCUGUACGAGCUGGUGCCAAACUGGGACACAGAGCGCAAGGACCGGCUCUACCAGGCACUGAAGGAAACAAACCGAGCCCUCAUCGACAAACUGGAGGUGCCGCUCUGUCCAGAGGAACAUUUUGUGAAGCGGCACCGAGAACAACUAAUUCAACGAGUCUCCUCAGUGGACAAAGUCCUGGGCCUGCUACGUGGGGAUGUGCUGAACUAUAAGCAAUACCAGAGCAUCUCAUCUGAGAGAUCUGACCUGGAGAGAAUGCGGAAGCUGUUCGAGCUGGUGCCAAGCUGGGACACGCUACACAAGGAUCGGCUUUACCAGGCACUGACCAUAACAAAUCGAGCCCUCAUUGAAGAGCUAGAAGGGGAACAUUUUGUCAAGCAGCACCAAAAGCAGCUGAUACAGCAAGUCUCUCGGGUGGACGAGGUCCUGGCUCUGCUCCACGGGGAUGUACUGGAUGAUGAGCAGUACCGGAGCAUCAGAACCGACCCAGUGAGGAUGCGGAAGCUGUACAAGCUGGUGCCCAGCUGGGACUCAUGGCGCAAGGACCAGCUCUACCAGGCACUGAAAGCAACAGACGGAGCCCUCAUCGAGGAGCUGGAAGGUGCUGAUGGCUGGGACCAGGAGUUAUCUGCACUAAAAACCAGUGCAGGAGCUACAGGAGAACAUUUUGUUGAACGGCACCAAAAGCAGCUGAUCGAACGAGUCUCCUCGGUGGACAAAGUCCUGGAUCUGCUCCGCAGGGAUGUACUGGAGCCUGAGAUGUACCGGAGCCUCAGAACCAACCCGGAGACCAUGCGGAGGCUGUAUGAACUGGUGCAGACCGGGGACAGAAGGUUGAAGGACAGGCUGUACCAGACACUGAAGAAAAGAAACAGAGCCCUGGUUGAAGAGCUAGAGGGGGAACAUUUUGUUGACCGGCACCGAGAGCAGCUGAUCCAGCGAGUCUCCAAUAUGGACAAAGUCUUGUUGCAGGUCACAACAAAGCCUGGGCAAUGCGGGAGCAUCAGAACUGAGGACACGGACUCAGAGAAGAUGCGAAAGCUGUAUGAGCUGGUGCCGAGCUGGAACAGAGAAUGCAAGGACCGACUCCACAAGUUGCUGAAGGAAACGAACUGAGCCCUCAUCAAAGAACUGGAGGAGGGGCACUUUGUCGACUGGCACCGAGAGCAGCUGAUCCAGCGAGCCUCCAAUGUGGAAGCUCUGUGCGGGAAAGUGCUGAGCACUGAGCAAUGCCAGAGCAUUGUAACUGACCCACUGAAGAUGU